UCCACUAGUUUCGGUUUGACGCACUCUGUUAAUAAAAAAUUAUAUUUAUUUUUAUUUUGGGAGAAAAUUGGAUAUUUGCCGAAGAUCUUUAGGAUUAGGUGUGAACUAUGAAUGUUUGUUAUGUCAGUAAAAGCCAUUGUUGCCUUAAUUUAUUAACUAAGGUAUUUGAAGCGAGUUUGUUGUCCUUAUUAUGAUCUUGGAUUUAAUAUUUCUAUGGCAAAUAUAGUAUGGCCGAUUUUGGAGAAUGCCAAGAUGAAAAAAUUGAUCUUGAAAAUUCUGUUUCUUCUACUCAGGCCCCAAAACGACCUAACAUAAGACUUGGUUCUUCAUCACUUUAUCGUGAUGGCAACAUUCAUAGUCAGAACAGUUCCUUGAAGAACUUUCAUCCUGAUUUUUCUCCGAUAAAUGUCUCUCAGGAACACUAUCUUUACAAUCCACCCUUUACGAUUCCUCUAAUUGAGGAAUCUAAUCCUGCAGAUAGUAGUGAUUUAAUAUAUGAGGCAAAUAGGCCAGGCACGCCCGCUCUAAGAGACCAAAGGCAUUUGAUUAUAGAAGAUGUUGCUGAAGAAUCGUUUAGGCAUCCCUCUGAUGAUGUGAGGAGAUAUCCUGAUGGCUCCUAUCAGAGAUAUAACUAUUCUCAGGAUAGACAUAUAUCUGAUUGCCUUUCUCGGGAAAAUAAUUUCCCAUAUCCACCUCCUGCUGCACCUCCAAGUUCACCAUCUCAGUUGUACGCCCUGUUACUCCAAAGAAACAUACGUCCUUUAGGAUUUACUCAGGUGGAACCUUCUUCACAAGAGUUUAUUCCUAAUCGAGCUGAAUGGAUUCGACCCAAUAUAUUUCAAAGGCCAACUCAACAAGCAGAUCUUCAUCAUGACUUUCGAGAGAGAGGCAGACUGUCCUAUAAUAGAGUGUUCAACAAUGUCCGCCCAAGAUAUGACCUUUACAGUCAUGUAGAUCAGCGGACAUUCUCAAAUCAAAAUUAUCAACGCCUUCCUUACAAGAUGGUACGAAUUAAAAAUCCUACUGAUGAUAAAGAUUCGGACAGUAUGAAUGGUUUCACUGAAGAUGAUGAAGGGAAUCAUGAAUGUCAUGAUCUGCGUCAUAACACCCUUUCAGUAUCUGAUAAUCCAUCAGCUUCAGUUGGUGAGCUACAUCAUAAUGGUACAAUGCCUGUAGGAGGUAUGCUAGAUCCCAGCGGAAUGCCUACUUUAGGGGCUAUAUAUCAAGGAGAAUGGCCUAUGCAUCGAGCUUUGUGGAUGAGUGGACCAAGUAGUAUUGGGGAGAAAGACCCUUUAGAUGGUUUUGGUGCUGAUGAUACUGAAAGUAUAAUGAGCUUCAGUUCCAGUACAGCAACAAUGAGCUCUAGACGAACACAUUCACAUCAGCUCGGAACAAAGGUAGAAAUGGUGUAUUCAUUAUUAUCUAUGCUGGGCAGCUGUAAUAAGGAUGAUAUGAGUAGAACACUUCUUGAAAUGUCCAGUAAUCAGGAUAGCUGCAUUGCCAUGAGGCAGUCUGGCUGCUUACCCCUUUUGAUACAAUUAUUACAUGGAAGUGAACGGGACCAAGUGAGUGUAGCUGAACAAAGAAGUUCUGAAAAUGUCAAAUGGGCUGUGAGAGAGGCCCGAAGAAGGGCCAGCCAAGCAUUACACAACAUAGUGCAUGCACACCCUGAUGACAGAAGAGGACGACGUGAAGCUAGAGUUCUAAGACUUUUAGAACAAAUUAGAGAUUACUCAGAUUUUCUAAGAGAUUUAGGUUCUAGCAACGUGGAUUUCUCUCAUAAUGAAAACUUGGACUUACAUCCCGGUCCUGCUAUAGCUGCUCUCAUGAAACUAUCUUUUGAUGAAGAGCAUAGGCAUGCCAUGUGUCAGCUAGGUGGUUUGCAAGCCAUUGCUGAGCUUAUUCAAGCUGACCAUGAAGUUCAUGGGAAUACAAGUGACCAGUUCUGUGUUACUGUGAGACGCUAUGCAGGAAUGGCUCUCACAAAUUUAACAUUUGGAGACGGAACGAACAAAGCUUUACUAUGCUCCAUGAAACCUUUCAUGCAAGCUUUAGUAGCACAAUUACAUUCACCCAACGAGGACCUCCGACAGGUUACUGCAAGUGUUUUACGUAAUCUGUCCUGGAGAGCUGACACUUCAAGCAAAGAAAUUCUGCGAGAAGUGGGAGUUGUCACUACCCUCAUGAAAGCAGCUAUGGAAGCCCAGAAAGAGUCUACAUUGAAAAGCAUUCUGUCAGCGCUGUGGAAUCUCUCUGCUCACUGUAGCAUGAACAAAGCAGAUAUCUGUGAAGUAGAGGGGGCCUUAGAAUUCUUAGUCUCCACUCUUACCUAUAAAAGUUCCUCAAAUACUCUUUCUAUAGUUGAAAAUGGUGGUGGAAUACUUCGAAAUGUGUCCAGCCAUAUUGCUGUUCGUGAAGACUACAGAGCUACUCUAAGGCAGCAUAAAUGCCUUCAAACUUUACUGUCUCACUUAAAAUCACCUAGUUUGACAAUAGUUAGCAAUGCGUGUGGUACUUUGUGGAAUCUUUCUGCAAGGUGUGCUGAAGACCAACAAGCCUUAUGGGAAAUGGGAGCUGUUGGCAUGCUCAGGAAUCUAAUUCAUUCAAAGCAUAAAAUGAUAUCCAUGGGAAGUUCAGCUGCUCUAAAAAACCUUCUUGCAGCUAAGCCAGAUGGUAUGGGUAUUAGCUUAGGAUCUCAUUCUGAAAAUGGACACCAUGUAAAUGGUGGAUCACCCAACAUGCCUUCUCUUCUAGUCAGAAAACAACGAGCUCUUGCUGCUGAUCUUGAUGAAGAUCUCGCUGAAACCUGUGAUAACAUUGAUAGUCCUAAAACCAGUCCCACCCCUAAUGGCGAUAUCAGCAAGAAGCUUGCAUAUGAAACAAAUGGAUUUAGUUGCCUUGAUCGUAAGCCUCAGUUUCUUUCUUAUCUCCCAGGUAGAAUGUACCACAGUAUAAAUGGACAUGUAGGUUCUCCUGUCCGUGUUCCUCGAUCAGAAAGCAAAGAUAGCCUCGGAAGCACUCGUUCUGAACCUCCCCAUUAUAAAGCACAGCGAGAGAGGUUUAAAAUAUUUGUUAACAACAAUCGAUCGAUGCCGUUCGAUGGUAGAACUGUUCAUGAGAGACCAACUGAAUGGAAGGAAAAAACUAAUCUUCCCUUUGAAAAUAACAGCAACGUUGUCUUACAAAUGUUUAGGCAUUUGCAAUCUGGAACAAAUAGCUAUGAAUCGCCUGAGGUCAAGACAAAUGGACAUGCAGAGUUAUCCGAUGGGGAAGACAAACCAGCUGUCAGGCCAAAUACUUUGUUGUCUCCUAAAAAGAAUGCUUGGGGAUUAAGGAACAACAGGAUUGCGCAGAAAAGAAGCAUGCAUAAUAAUUUGUCACAACAUUUAAUACAUAAUGGCUUUAAUCAUUUAGACACAAAUGGAUUUGCUUCUGAUUCUUCAAAUGUAAGUGAUAAAAAUGUGCUGAGUAGUAUAAUAGAAUUCCCAGGAAAUAAACGAGUUAACUCUACUGAAAAAUUCGAAAGAAGUUAUACUCAUUCAAACAGUUCAUUUAUUCAGGAAAAUGGAAUUCAUGAAAAUGAAGUAAAAGAAAAACCUAGAGGUGUAGUUUUGAGACACAAGAAACCUAGUGACUGUAUGUCAACCUCUGCAGUCACUGUGAGUAAAGAAGAAAUGAGUGAUGCAGCAAGUGGUGAUCCAACAUCCUUAGUGGUGUCUAGAUGUAGCUCCUUAAGCUCACUUACAAGUUGUUUUCAACAUUCUGCUCGAAGUUCCUGGGUCAGUGAUGUCAGCCAAAGAACAAGUGCUGUAAUAUCUCCGACAGAUCUUCCGGAUUCCCCUGGAUAUUGCACAACAGAAGAAAGGCCCCGAAUUUCCGAAUUUACAGAUAAAGUAUCAGAUGCAGACGCCAGAGGACUUAUUCGACCCAGGCCUGCCUGGCCUUCUGGUUCUACUCAACCUUCCACCGAUUCUCUGCCUAGUUCUGUGAAAAGAAUGUCUCUGGACAGUGAUGUGUUUGUUCAAAGUAAUGAAGCCAUGCAACCCGAACUCUCUACUGAUCAGUCGGAAAACUGUGAUAUUUUAGACUCACCUUCUUCAAUGAAAACCAUACCAUCUAGACCUCAAAAUAGCCCUAUUUCUCCUGAAAAAGAUCAAUCUUCCAGUCAAGAAAGCUCAACCUCCUUAGAAAAUGAUGAUCAACAAGAAAAAGCUGGGGACAAUGAUUUAGUCGCAGCUUGCAUCAGCUUAGGAAAGCCUUCUGCUGUAGAAAGCCCGCAACAGACAAGCAGGACUCAUUCUAAAGGAAAUAACCUCUGUUCUUCUCUCUCUCAAAUCCGCAGUGGAAUUCCCAUAAAAUCAAGACUGACUCAAUCACUUCCUUCUCCUAAUAAUCCUGAUGCAACUUCAACAAAUGCUGAAUCCCAUAAUUUUAAUAUUCAAAAUGAAGAUCAAUCUCUGUGUGAUGACAAUGAUAAUUUGGUUUUGGAAUCAGAAAAUGUCAACUCUAGUCCCAAAAAAGAAGUUCAGCGUAUCUCAGAUUUUGAACAAAACUUGAAGAAAGCAUUUGAAUCAAAAUUUUUGAAUGUAUGCAAGAAAUUUCCUGCUUUAAGUCAUAAAAGCAGUUUUGAGCAGUCAGAUGAAAAGCCUUCUUGUUCUUCAUUUAGCACACCCUCUUAUUCUAAAUUUGCAGGAAGAGGAAAGACAUCAAUACCACAAAUAAUUAGAAAUGAAAAUACAAGUGUAGAUGAAUUACAAACUCCGAAGCAAAGUCACUUUAAAUCGGAAAGUUCACCUGUGUGCAGAGGGCUUCCUACCACAAGUUGCGAACAAAGCCUCAGUCCAAGUACAAAAUUCCUUGGACAUUCUAGUUCAACAGAAGAAAAUGUAUCGGAAGAUAAUAUUCUAAGCAGCAGUCCAUCUGCUUGUGAUGAAUCAGAAGGUAUUGAUUCAGAUGACAGGCUAAUUGCUGCCAAUGCAAAAGCAUCUGAAGUAGUUCUCAGAAAUAACAGAGUUCGAUCUAGGAAAACGAAGGCUAACAGGCGUUCAAUGGAAAUAAGGCAAUCUUCAGAACAUUCCAGUGAAGACGAUAAUAGAAAUCCUUUUAAUAGAAGUUCGGUAAUAAUUGCAGAUCCUUCAGCUCUUCAUAUACUAUCAGUGCCAUCUAGUGAGAAUGAAGAGAAAGCAAUUGAAGAUGAGCGUAUGAAAGAAAAGGUAUCAAUGGGAGUCAUACCCGACCUCUUGGAAGGUGCUGCUUACUAUGAUGGUUUAAGUAGUGAAAGUCAUCAACAAUCUGAAACUGGUUAUGUUGGAAAAGUUGUAUUACCGAGGAACAUGACUGAUUCAAUGGAAUUGAGAAGAGGAGCAUUAUUAGUUGCAGCAGAACUGGAAGAUGGCAUUGAAGACUGCACUCAUAGUAGUACCAGCUUUGACUUAGAAAAUAUGAAACCUCCUUCUUGUAUGGCAGAAAUGAGUAUGACUAGUAGUGGUCUUUCAGAUUUGUUGUCAAAUGGAAAUGGCUGUUAUAUAAAUGGAAAACGAGCUGUAGAUCGCAGAAGAAGUAUCAAGAGAUCUAAAAAAAUUAGUAGCAGUCAUAGGUUUGUUUUAAAAUCUGUAAGGCAAACAAUUGCAAAUAGUUUAGAAUCAUCAAAACAUAAGGAGAGGUAUGAGAAACCUGUUUCUUCAUCUACUUCUUUGGAAAAUAUUAGUAUGAAGAGCAGUGGUACAUCCGACUUAAUUGAUAAUGUUAACCCUCCUUCAAUAUUUGAAGAUAUAUCCAUGACUAAUAGUUGUGCAAGUUUAAAUAGCAUUAGUUCAGAUAUAUUGGAAAGUAGAUCCCAAUCAUUGGCUGAUGCUCGGAGUAGUUCUGAAAUGUUUCAAAGAUUUAAUGCUGCCGCUGCAAUGGUGCAAGUUUACUCCCGGGAAUUAUCCAAUAUUAUGACUAGUAGCAUGAAAAGCAGCUGUAAUUCUGAUUGUUUAGAUCUUGUAAAACCACCCUCUAUUUUCCAAGAUAUUGCUGAAGUUACAAUUGAAGAUGGAACAGAUGCUGUGACAGAUCCGUUAGUGUCUGACUUUGAACUUGAAGAAGAGCUACCCCAUGAUGAUGAACCAUCAAUACCUUCAACUAACACUAUACAUUCCCCAUUUUUACAUUCUACUCAACGAAUUGAUGAUAGUGCUGAAAACUUAAACAGCUCAUUUGAUGGUGAUAGUUAUGUUGAUAAGUCACGAAUUUCAAGCAAAGGAAUUAGUAACUUUAGGCUUGAACCACAAAAUGCAACGAAAGCACUUAGUGGUAUUCCUACACUUUUGACUGAUGAUGAAUAUUCUUCUGGAUUUUUCAGCAAUAUAACAACUGAUGAGCACUGCAGUAUGGAAAAAGAUGAAAAUGACUCUUCACCACCUCCUGCUAUUCGCAAAGGUCCUCGCAUUGUAAAACCAAUAAAUCGUGAAACUGUGCGCCAAAUGCAAGAAAAGAAAAGUGCAGAAAAAGCAGCUAAAUCUGUAAGAGGUAGGGCUUCCGGCUCUAGAAACCUUCUUCAACAAGUAACUAGUUCUCGAAUUGUUAAUGCAAAUAAAACUAGUGUGAACAAAGGUGCUCCAACAGUGAGUGGUGUUAGAAUGACAAGAACUCAAGCUUUAAGAGCAUCCCAGAAUAAACAGUCAAGUACUGGACGAGCAUCACCUCGUUCCUUUCUAAGCAAACCUCCAUCAGCGACAUCUAGAUCAGCAAAUAGAACUGUCAGACAACCAACUGCUAAAGCAAACGUUUCUAGUUCAAAAACUGAUGAUGAGAAAAUGGAAAUCAGCAGACCGCAACCUCCUGUUAAGCAAAAUACUUUCAUCAAAGACGAAGUAACUUCAAAAGUGCCUGCGAGUGCUGCAUCGGGUGUGUCUUCCAAUCAACCAGUGUUAUGUGAUGAACGAAAUAACAAUGAACAGAGUAGCUGUGAAAAAAUUUUAUCCUCUGGAUCAGGUUUCAACGAUAAGAGACUUCCUCCUACUUCCCUUGACUCAGCAUCAACAAGUACGGGUCUGCAACGAAAACUUAGUGUUCCUAUUCAACGAAGGAGUAAUGAAAAAGGAAGAAUACCAACAUCACCGAGUUACCAGGGUAUAUCAUUUCUUGAAAAAGGAUCUAGCAAAGUUCCAGAGAAAAGAAGCCCUGGAAGCAGUAGCUCAGUUGGUCGUGGAACUGUCCCUGUUAGUGGACGAACUACAAGUUCCAACAGCUUAUCAUCUAUGUCUUCCAACAGUUUCUCCACCAAAAAAUCAAAUUCUCAAAAAGAAGUGCCAAGUAAAAUUUCUUCAAUUUGGAAAAGAAGUGAAAGUAGUAGUAGUUCUUCAAAUAGUCCUGGAACUGAUGCAUCAGGUGGUGAAAGAAGUCACCUUAGUGGAGCAAGAAGCAAACCUAACACAGCAUCUAAAACUCCUACAGCAAGAAUCAAUACAUUGAAGGAAAUGAAGAUCAUUAUUAAAUCCUGUUUUUUUAAACAACAGGUUUUUUCUUUCUUCACCAGAAUAUCUUGUGAAUUUAAAUUUUUUUAACCAAGCUAUACAACUGUGCAUUUUAGUACAUAUUUAAAGUGCCCCAUUUAAAAGUUGCUCUUCUAGUUUUAUGAAUAUUUUAUACAUGACAUUUUUAUAAAGAUGUAAAUGUAUAAUCUGAUGUAUAAUUUUAUUAAUUUUGUACUUAUUUUAUAAUUUAAAAAAAAAUCAUUUGCUGAAUCUUCAAAUCUGUCAGCAAAGAUGAUUGUACCAAGUCAUUGUUUCUAGUCUGAGGAAAUUAAUACUGAUGCAGCUUUGCAACAAUAAUUUCUUAAAGUUAAUGUGUCUUUAAUAUAUGCAUCAUUUAUAACAAAUUGGUGUAUUGGUAUAUGCGUGUAUUGUUAUAAGGUCAAUCUUACAUUUAGCAUCUAGUUAAAAAUUUUUUUUUUAUUUGAUACAUAUUUUUAAUUUUAAGGGUUUUAGAAAUGUUCAUCAUAAAAAUUGCUUUUAAAAUAUUUUAUUCUUAUCUGGUUGUAAUUAAUUUUAAUUUUGUUCCAGUAAAUGAAUUAUUGAAACAUAUCAGCUUUUUAAGUUAAAAAUUAAAUUUAAAACACUUUUUAUCAAAAUAAAUUAUAGUUUAUUUCCAACCUUUUCUUAAUUUAUAAAUUUAUUGAAAUUGUGAAUUAACUACAUUUAAUAAUAUUUACAGUUUCUUUUAUUUUUUAUGAAAUUUUCUCAGUGUGAAGUAAAGAAAUAAACAUUGUGUUAAUUUGAUAUAAUCGAAUCUUGAAAUUUGAUAUCAAAGCUUAUUUUGACUAAGAAUAACACUUAUAAUCGUUUUCUCCCAAUUAGUAAUUAUUUCAAUAUUUAAAUAACAUAGAUAGAAUAUCAAAAAGGAAAAAAAAAUGUUAAAAGCAUCAACCUCCAUAUUUCAUAAAUUUCUUUGUGAUACACUUUCAUAGAAAACAUUUUUUAAAAAUUUAUUCAUAAAAUAUUAUUUUUCCUUAAUAGUUAUGCUAAGCAAUAACAUUGUCACAUAACAGCAACAUUAUCACAUUUGAUAACAUUAUUCAAUAUUGACUAUUAUGUGUGCUUAAAUUAUUUUGUAUUUUUCAUUUCAACAAUAUUAUUUAUAUUGAAUACUUCUAGUAAUCAAAUGUGAUUUAAGUUAAGAAAUAUAAGGAAUUUUGAUCUGAAUUUUGACAAUUUAUUAACUUAAAUGAACUAAAAUACUGUUUGGCAAACACGAGAUGAACCAGUGAGGUUGUUUCCAGUUAGGUCAGGCUGCAUCUCGUAUAGGCCAAACAGUAUAUUUGAAUAUUUUACUAUUAUUUUCCAUUCAGCAAUACUUUAUACUUUCAUGCUUUGCAGUGUAUUUGUCUUGUUAACUUUGUGGUAGAUAUAUAACUUAAACAUUUUGCUACUUAACAAUUUUUAAAUAAACUCAUAGACUAAUAAAUAACCAAAAUUGAAAUUAAAAAAAUUGGAUACUGGUUAAACUGUUUUAAUAUUGGCUGUUAGGGAAAUGAUUUUAUGUAUGCAUAAUAUACAAAUCUGUUUAAUGUUACUAACAGUUACUCUUUGUUGCAAUUCCUGAAUUUGCACAAUUUCAUGAACAAAUAGAAUGUGGUUAAAAUAUUUUUAACAAACAAAGCAUUAACAUAUUUUUUAAAAUUAUUUUUUUGCUAUUGUAAACUAAUUAAACGAAUAAUUAUACAAAAUUAUUGUUGACAUUUCUGUUUCAAAAUGAGCGAUUUUUAACUUCAUCAUUUUAUUGAACUUUAAUAUUUUAGUUUAGUAAUGUCUGCUCACUGUAAAUAAAUUCACAGUAUAAAUUUAAUUUGAAUUGGAAACUGCAUGCUGCUAUUAUACUAUCAUAAAAUUACAAUCCUUUAAUAAAAAUGUACUACAUAAUUUUAAUAUUAUAAAUCUACAAAGUUAAUGAUUUAAUAUUAAAUUGUAGAAAAAAUCCUAAUAGAGAAAUAUAAUGAGAGUAUCUUAUAAUUUAUCAUCUAUUAAAUUCUAGUGCUUUACUUUUUAAAAAGACCUAUCUAAAAUAAUUUCCAACCUUUUGAAAAACAUUGCUUUAAAAUUUUUCAGAAAAUCUUUACUUAAUAUUUAAGCGUUCUGAAAAUCUAAACACUUCAUCUAAUUAUGCUCGCAAAAUUGUCCAAAAUGUAUUGGUUGUUAUUGCAAAAAAAUGAAUACGUCCUAAAUAUGCAAACUAAUAUUGAACACAAUUUACCAUAUGUUCUUAUACUAAAAUCUUUAUUCCAAUUUGUAUGGUAUUUAGAUAUUUAAUCAAAUUAUACUCAAAAUUGAGUACAUUCUUAAUAAGACUUAUUAAAUAUAUAAACAAAGUGAAUAUGUUUUAAUCCGAAUUCCACAUAUGCUAAAUAUUUUAACCUUCCAAGUAUUUCAUCUAUUUGAGUGAUUUUGUGCACAUUUUUCCCAAUAUAUCGACCUUCCGUUAGAUAGUAACCAACUAAGCCAAUGUUACAUGAAAAAAUUCUGGAUCUGAUGCUUGGAAGAUUAAAACAAAAAAAUGUGUGAAAUCACAAAUUCAUUAUAAAAUUCUACCACUAGCAAUAAAAAAAAUAUAUUUUAGAUAAAAUUAAUGUCUUGAAAAUUUGAAUUUUUCAUGCUUUUGUGAUGAUGUAAAUAUUAACCAAUUCUUAUUACCAGUAUUUUAUUGCACUGUACCUUCAAGCCAAAGCAACUUGAUUUUAAUUUUUCUAAAUGGUUCUACUUAAGACUAUAUUUGAAAAGCAUAUUUUCUUUUAAUGAAUUUGAAUUUUUAUGUUUCAAAUUUUGUGAUAUUUAAUACUAAUUCAAAUUCAAUGAUUUCAAUUAGUACUAUGUACAUUCUUCUCUGCUUUUAUUUCGACAAUCUUAUUUAUGUGAGUGUGCCAUAAAGUGCUUUUAUUUAUUUUCUUUAAGAUGGUAUUAUUUAAAUUUUGUAAAUUAAAUGUACAGUUUUUAUCUUUAUUUUAAUUAUUGCACUUUUUUGUUAUUUGAUCAUAUGUACUCAAGCUGUUAAUAUAAAACUGGUUUUGAGCAUGUGUGUUAAUGUGAUAUGUUAAAUAAAACAAAACAUUUUAUUCAAA